GCAAGCUGUGGUGAGGGCCAGGAAGAGAAUUUGUUUGGAGCCAUGGGUUAUUGGCCUUAUCACCUUUAUAUCCCUGAUUGUCCUUGCAGUAUGCAUUGGACUCACUGUUCAUUAUGUGAGAUAUAAUCAAAGGAAAACCUACAAUUACUAUAGCACAUUGCCAUUCACAAGUGACAGACUAUAUGCUGAGUUUGGAAGAGAGGCUUCUAAAAAUUUCACAGAAAUGAGCCAUAAAAUUGAAUCAAUGGUGAAAAAUGCAUUUGAUAACUUUCCACUAAAAGGAAAACUUGUCAAGUCUCACAUUAUCAAGUUCAGUGAAGAGGACCAUGGGGUGUUGGCUCACAUGCUGCUGAUUUUUAAAUUCCGCUCUACUGAGGAUCCGGAAAAUGUCAAUAAAAUUAUUGAGCAUGUCCUACAUGAAAAGCUGCAAAAUGCUGCAGGACCCCCUAAGGUUGAUCCAGAAUCAGUUGAAAUUAAAAAAAUCAACACGACAGAAACAGACAUGUAUCUCAACAAUUGCUGUGGGACACGAAGGAUUAAAUCUACAAAAGAGAGUCUCAGGAUUAUUGGUGGGACACAGGUGGAAGAGGGAGAAUGGCCAUGGCAAGCUAGCUUGCAAUGGGAUGGGAUCCAUCGCUGUGGAGCAACUUUAAUCAAUAGCACAUGGCUUGUGAGUGCUGCUCACUGCUUUCGAACGUAUAAGGACCCCACCAGAUGGACUGCUUCCUUUGGAGUAGCAAUACAACCUCCAAAAGUAAAAAAAGACAUCCGGAGGAUAAUUGUGCAUGAAAAAUACAAUUAUCCAUCACACGACUAUGACAUUUCAGUUGUAGAGCUUACUAGCCCUGUUCCCUACACAAAUGAAGUACAUAGAGUUUGUCUCCCUGAUACAACCCAUGAGUUCCACCCAGGGGAUGAGAUGUUUGUGACAGGAUUUGGAGCACUGCAAAAUGAUGGUUAUGGUCAGAAUCACCUUUGGCAAGUACAGGUUGAUUUCAUAGAAACUGAAACCUGUAAUAAAUCUCAAGUUUACAAUGGUGCCAUAACUCCUAGAAUGUUAUGUGCUGGCUCCUUAAAAGGAAAAAGAGAUGCAUGCCAGGGUGACUCUGGAGGACCACUGGUUGGUUCAGAUGCUAGAGAUAUCUGGUACCUUGCUGGAAUAGUGAGCUGGGGAGAUGAAUGUGGUCAACCCAAUAAGCCUGGUGUUUAUACUAGAGUGACUGCCCUCCGGGACUGGAUCACUUCCCAAACUGGUGUCUAAGAGAAAAA